AUGCCAGAUUUCAACCCUGUUUCCCGCUACGCCACAUCUCAGAUAUCCUUCGAUGCGACGACGGGCGCCCCCCAGUGGACUCUCGUGAACAACGUGUCGCACGUCGCAAUGCUGUCGCCUGUUGAGGAUCAGGGCGCCUGCGCCGCGUGCUGGGCGUUCGCGGCGGCGGCAGCGGUGGAAGCGGCGGUGGCGAUUUUCACCGCAACCACGCCCGCGCGCCUCUCACUCUCCGCGCAGCAGCUGCUGGACUGCGCGCCGGGCACGUGCAUGGGCGGGUAUCCGGAGGACGCGCUGCAGUACAGCUCCACCGCCUUGCUCCGCUGCGCCUCGCAGUACCCCUACGUCAUGGACAAGGGCGCCUGCCGCGGAGGGCUCCAGCAAGCGGCAUCGGCGGUGUCGCACUUCGAGCAGGUGGCGCUGGAGGGGUCGCUGGGGCUCAUGCUGGCCGUGCGACAGCAGCCCGUCGUUGUCUCCAUCCUCGCCUCCGCGCCCGACUUCGUCGCCUACAAGGCGGGCAUAUACAGCAACGCCACGUGCUUCUCCCCGGACAGCCCCGUGCUGGACCACGUGGUGCUCGUCGUCGGCUUCCGCUUCCUCUCCGCCGCCUCGCCCGACAACCACUUCAUCAUCCGCAACAGCUGGGGCAGCACGUGGGGCGAGAGCGGCCACAUGCGCAUCGCCAUGACGUCCGCGUAUGGUGGCAUGUGCGGCAUGACGUACCAGCGCGGGCUGUACCCCACCAUUAAAGCGAGCCUGAUUCAGGAUCCGUGCAAGCUGGCGGUGUGUGGGGGUGGCACGUGCACGAGGACGGGGGUGGGCCGAUACACGUGUGACUGCCCGAGCGCCAAGGGGCUGCUCAAGGGGGAGAAUAAAGACGGCUCUGAGACCUGCAUUAUCAAGAGCAAGUGCUCGCUGUUUGCGACCAACCCGUGUGGCGUGGGAGUGUGUGUGGACGGGAGCUCGGGAGAAAUCUCCUGCGUGUGCCCGCCAGACUCCACCUCUAGCCAGCUCGCCUGCGGCCAGCCCACCUGUGUACCGGGAGUGGUGGCCGGGCAGGCGGGAGGCGGGCAGGGUGGGGGCGGGCAGGAGUACGAGGCUCGGGAGGGCGACACGUGCAGUGCCAUCUACGUGCUCUUCGGCCUCACAGAGGCGCAGUUCACCUCCCAGAACCCGGGCGUGGAGUGCAACCCUCUCAAGCCCGGCACUCGCCUGCGCCUCACUCCACCAGACACCAGCCGCACAUGCACCACCCGAUACCCCAUCUCCAAGGCGGACAGCCUGACAGGAAGCUGUGAUGACAUCAACAACAGGUUCGGCACCCGAAUCACGGACCUCAACCCAGGAUUGGACUGCACGAACCUGCAACCAGGACAGCAGCUGUGCAUUGAGUGGAACAGUGUGACGGGCGGCAGCGGAGGAGGCGCAGGCGCGUACCAGCAGUGCACGCAGUACCACGCAGUGGGCCCCACCGACACCUGCGACAGCAUCUUGCAGGCCAACCCCUCGCUCUCCUGGCGCUCGCUCUACCGCCUCAACCCCGGACUGCUCUGUGAUAACCUCAACCCACUCCGUAACCAGGAG